UAAGAAACCAGUCGAAUUAACUAGCGUCAGUGUCAUGUGAUUUUUGUUACAAGUUUGUUGACACCGGUAUCAGGUAUCAUUUCAAUCAGUGCUAGAACUUAACGACUGCACCGUCGACCAUUGUCAUAGGUAGCCUUCUACAAGUCAAGUAAGAUGAAAUGUCUGGCAGUCUUGUGGCUGUGUGUGCUAUCUGUGCACAGUCUAAACAAUGGACUGGCCCGUACUCCUCCAAUGGGCUUCCUGUCCUGGGAACGCUUCCGCUGUAACACUGACUGCAAGAACGAUCCUGAUCACUGCAUUAGUGAAAACCUGUACAUGAAGAUGGCUGACAUAAUGGUGUCUGAAGGGUACAGGGACUUGGGUUACGAGUAUGUCACAAUUGAUGACUGCUGGCUGGCCAAGGAGAGAGACAACAAGACUGGCAGGUUACAGCCCGACCCAGCACGGUUUCCACACGGUAUAAAACACCUGGCACAAUAUAUCCACUCCAAGGGUCUGAAGUUUGGUAUUUAUGAGGACUACGGCACGAAGACGUGUGCUGGAUAUCCUGGCAGCCUGGAACACAUGAAACUGGACGCGCAGACGUUCGCUGACUGGGAGGUAGAUCUGCUCAAAUUCGAUGGCUGUUACUCAGAUCCAAAAACAAUGGACAAAGGGUAUCCCUUGAUGGAACAUUACUUGAACUCAACUGGCCGACCCAUCCUUUUCAGCUGCAGCUGGCCGGCUUAUGUUGUUGGCACUCUGAAGAUUCUGCCGAACUACCGGGAAAUAGCCAAGUACUGCAACAUGUGGCGUAACUAUGACGAUAUUCAGGACAGCUGGGUGUCCACUCUUUCGAUCAUUGAUUAUUAUGCUAAAAAUGCGGGCGGGUUCGCUGAAGUGGCAGCACCAGGAGGUUUCAAUGACCCAGAUGAGCUUCUGGUCGGUAAUUUUGGUCUGAGUUUCUACCAGCAGAAGUCUCAGUUCGGCCUGUGGUCCAUCAUGGCGUCCCCGUUGUUUAUGUCGACAGACCUGCGCACAAUCCGCCCAGAAGAGAAGGCGAUACUACAGAACAAGCGUGUGAUCGCUAUAAACCAGGACCCUCUCGGAGCGCAGGGAAUACAGAUAUACAUGCUCUCCAAGUUUGAUCUGUGGGUGAAGAGGCUGGCACCAGAAGGAUCAGGAAAUAGAGCUUUUGCUAUUCUCAAUCGGGAUGACAAUGGAGCACCAAGAGUUCUCCCCCUUACCCUGCACUCUCUGAUGUUAACUAAUCCAAAAGGAUAUAUUCUCACUGAUGCUUUUACAGGCAAAAGUUAUGGAAAAAUGUUUCCCAAUGAUACUCUUAAAAUGACUAUUGAUCCGACGAGUAUAUUCCUAGCCACAGCUUAUGUAAUUACAUAAUUAUAGUUGUCAUACUACAUGCUGUCAUUUGCAGGGAAUUAUUUUUUUGUGUCAGUAUUAAUUUACUAUUCAUUGCAAAUGUGAUAAGAAUGCCAGUUUUAGAAUGGUUUGUACAUUUUGACAAUCUCAUUUGGUAAUUAGUAGUCAUAGCAUUUUUUUGGUAUUAAAAUUUAAAAAAUU